CGAAAAGUACACUUCGGUGCCACUGAGCAUAAAUCAACCGGUAAUCUUUAAUCUCAAAUUCAUUGCCACCGGCAGAGUGGGUGAGUUCUCCUUGUGUAGUUUUUAUUUUGUAGUCACUCUCCCGCCACUCAUAUUUCCUUAUAGAAUUGGUGCUGACGAUCAGAGGCACGCGCAACACGACGCGGUCCCACAUCGCCGGACCGGGCGCGGAUGCAUAUAAAAUCAGCCACGUCUGGCGGGAAUCGGUCACUUUUCCCGUCGAGCGACAGGCCAGUUUAACCAACGAGCCCCGCGUUGCAGCACCUUGCCACACGCAACACUCGCCCUCACUUGUUUUGACCGCAAGUAACACCCAUACUGGAUCGAGCACGGGGGAACACGGAACUCAAUUACAACUUGAAAGGUGAGACAGGCGUGCAGUCACAGCAUUGAAAUUGCCAAUAUGGAAGAGCAGGGAUUUUUCACCAGUCAAUCGCCAGUCAUUCUAGACCGGGUGACGGCCGACGACAGCCCGCCGCCCCAGCCGCCGGUUCGCGUCAUGCUGUGGUGCGUCCCGCGCUCCGUCUCCACCGCCUUCCUGAAGUGCAUCGACGGCAUGGACCGUCCGGCAGAGAUCUUCCACGAGCCGUACUCAGUGGCCUACUACUUUGGGCCCGAGAGGAGGGCCCCGCCCGGCCCUCCCAUCCCAGAGGAGCGCCAGUACACCUACAGCUGGGUCCGCAAGCAGCUGGAGGCUGACUACAUCGGGAGGGAGGUGAUCUUCUGCAAGGACAUGGCGUUCGCUGUGGACGGGCGCUACGACGCCAUCCCGGACGGCUUCAAGCACACCUUCCUCAUCCGAAAGCCCGUCAAGGCUUUCAAGUCCUUCCACAAGGUGGUCAACGGGUACCCCGGCCAGACCGGGGAGGUGUCGGUCAAGAACGGCCUACCGCGGAGCUACGCCUUCAAGGAGUCCUACGACCUGUACAACCACAUCUGCGCCAACUACCGCGAGAAGCCGAUCAUCGUCGACGCGGACGACCUGUGCCGCUCGCCCGGGAGCAUCCUGAAGAAGUACUGCGCAGCGGUCGGGCUGCCCUUCUCCGAGAGCAUGCUGUCGUGGCAACCGAGCGAUGGCAUCAGCUCGCGCUGGCACUGCGCGCCCAGUUUCAGGGCGCUCAACUCCACCAUGGGAACGUACGAGCGAGCCCUGAAGAGCGAAUCCUUCGUCUCCAAGGACCACAACCACAACGUGGAAGUGAUUUCCAAAGAUGGCCUUCCCAAAGGCGUGGUGGAGUGCAGCGAAUUCAGUGAGCCAUACUACAAGAAAAUGUAUGAGCUCAGGUUGAAGCCUUGAAUGAAACUAUUUUAUAUGCCAACAGGAAAAAAAAGAAGAAAACAGUUUCUGGUGUAUAUACUUUAUUGCGUGAUAAUAUUGUACAUGUACAUAAUGGUUUUUCUACUUGUUGGCAAUGUGGACGCCCUCUAGUGAAAUUGGCCAGCAAAUGGCAGUCGAGGAUGGGUCGUCUUGUGAGUUCUGUUUAGAAAAUUCCGAUACAAUAUAUACGUGCACGGAUCCAUAAAGUUGUCUAAUUCUGUGUGGUAAUUACGGGGUAACAUAGAAUCUACGGUUUAUCACAAUAACGAUUUCGUGUUUUCUUUUUUUUUUCAUGUGGGGCCUAUAUUGUUGUAUUUCAAUUACAUGAGGUGUUUUGGAAAAUUGAAACCUUGUAAAGAGUUUACAAACUUAAAUACGGGUCUUUGAUCCGGAGAGCCGACAAAAGUAAAUGAAGAGAGAUAGAGAAGGUUAAUUAUUUUUAAAGGAUUUCGAUGUAACUGCCGAAAGACCUCUUCCUUUUCGAACGAACAACAAUUGACUAAAACGUAGCGAAACAUGUAGGCAAGUUACCUCAUUCGGCUUCUUGAUCUUGUACACGAGUAUAACAUAAUUUUGUCAUCUUUGACUGUUCUUAACUUUCCUCAGACAUGUUGUCUGAUCCGAUAAUAAUUGACUAAUCGAUUAGCUGAAAUUGACAAUUCCAAUGCAUAACCAAUCUCUAAGUUUUGUUUUAUGUCUGAGUUCUUGCCCAAAUUAAACUUGUUUGAAUUGUGGACGAAUGUCACUUCACCGAAUUACCGUUUGACAAGAAGGGAUUUCUAAAAUCUUGCACAGCACAUUUGGAAAAAAGGCAUCAUGUCACAUCCUACUCAACAGCCAGUCGCCGGGAAGAGGUGGGAGGAGUUUGCUGGUAAUAAGUGGUGAAUCUUGGAGAUAGAGGGGUAUAUAGGCCUAGGGCAUAGGUUCCCGACAAGCUGGCAUUUCACAAAAAGAUCAGUUUUAUGCUGACCCAUUUUUUUCCGGUUGCAAAACCGUGUACCCCACGCACGCUUUGUAUUUGUGGAUAUAUAUUUUUGUAUGAAGCCUUUCACUACUCUGCCAACUAUGUAUUUUACAGCUCAAAGGUUCCAUUAUGACGAUACUUGCAACAACAAAAAAUCAACUCUUGUAUUUACUUCGUAUGUUGAAGUUUUAUAAAUUGGUGUAUUGCA